AUGCAGGAGCAGAUUUGUACCGAUCCCGCCCCUGAGCUCACCGAAUCUGGUCUUCUUUUGGACAAUCCUCUGACGGUACUUGCGAAGUCUCGCGUGGCAAUCUUGGAGGAGCAUUCGGAUCAUUCUUCUGUCAGUUUUCAGUUUGCUUUGUUGUGGUAAGUGCCACUUUUUCGUCAGGAACAUUUUUUCCUGCUUUACAAGAUCGCUGUCACCUUUUCCCGAGUUAAGAAAAGCGAGCAUCUUCGAGGUUUGUUUCUUUUAGCCUUCAACUAAGCUUUCAAAGCUGCCAGAGGUGUCCGCAGCAUUUGUUAUGCCUGAAAGAACCACUCAGUACUGGAUUGGGAAAUUCGAAAAUGCGCCUCCGGAAUCUCGACCACUCACUCUUUGGGCCGAAUGUCAUCUAUGAGGUCCGAUUAAAUGGAUUUUUAAAAAAAAUUGGUCCGAAAGUCUGCAGUAACUAUUCUAAAUCAGUUAGAGUAGAAGAAAAGUUCAAGAGCUUCGAGCAUGGAUACCGCAUAUGUUGUCGAAAAACAGCAAGCACCGUCGCUUCACUAUUAUCAUCGAUUUGCUUGCGUGGCCUAAAGACACCCGUGGACGCAACCAAAGGUUUCUCUAUCGCAUCGUCACCGUCAAUGAGAAAUUGUGCCUCUUCGUCAGUGUGAAGCAAAGAGGGGGGAGGGGUGAGUCAUGCUAAACAAGCAAUACGUCGGCCGAAGCAGGAAUUGUAUCCUCAAAAGACCACGACUUGCGUGCGUUGGAAUCCGGGAGGGUGUAAUCCGUUAAGGAGUGCUCGAACAUUGGCAGGUGGUGGACAAAUACCUCUAUGCAGAACAUUUAUGUGGCUAUCGACGAAUUCUAAAGUAUGAAAACGCCUGACAUCGCGUGGCUCAGUUCGUGAAAGUGGUUACCUAGGAGCUCGGCUGAGGCGCUCUGCCGCAUUCAGCCUACCGACCUUACCCUGUUUCAUCAGGCUAUUACCAAUUCCGGUUCUUUUCAAAUUGCAUAGGUGGUUUGACAUUCGAGAACGUUGAAAACCUCAAAAACUGACCUGAAAAGUCUUUUGACCCCAGGCCAGGUGAUUUUUUUAUAGGAACUGUAUACAACACAUUACUGACUGCAAUUUGUUUUCAUUUUUAUGCAGAAAAGGCUAAGACCUAUUGAGUAACGUAGCAUUUUAAGUUGUAUCAAUAAAGAGGAAGUCUAUCUAGGGCCGUGUUACUUCUUUUCACGGAGUUUUUUGUACCCGUGCAAGACUUCAUCUAGAUAUAUCACUUCAAAAAUAUAUGCACAGUACUUGAUCUAACUCAUGAAACUUGGUGACAGAAGCUGACAUAAGGAUUUUCGGACGCCUUAAGCGUUGCGCGUUCGCUCUGUAACUGGUGAUCGGUGAACGCCAUUCCUGUGAUAGCUAAUAUUCCCAAUCGCAACCGGCAGGGCAACCGGCCCCCGGCUUAAUAAAACAGGAUAUAUUUUUUCCCUCCUUUUACUGGCUCAUAACCGACCUUACUUAAUUUCGACCGGCCUCCUCCUGCUUGUCAUUCGUAUUCUUCCUUUGAAUUUCCCAACAUCAGUGAUAAACAUUUCACUAAAAGCGUCAACCUUUGUGCAAAUUCGGCCAAAAUUGCGUUUCCUGUACGAUUAAGGGUGGAACAUUAAAAGUAGUCAUUAGUAAUAUUCGAGAUAAGAAAACUGCUUUGUAUUUACCAGGUCCUAACACUUCGAUCAUGUAUUUCCAAUGAUGCAGCAAACCGUUUAAACUGCAUCACAUCGACACUUAAGAAUAACGCAUAGACGUUGUUAUAAGUUCAAUAUAGAAGCUGAGAAGACCUAGGUCGCCUUCUUUUCGCACUCUGAUGGUCUACUAAUUGCGUUAUCAAAAUGUCGAUAAGUGACUGACUAAACAUGAACGCAUUUCGUUACGACGGGAUGGUAGGUUCACCCACUCAAUUAAAAAAGGGAUUAUGGCCAAACUGGCCCAGUCUCCCCAGGACGUAAGCCAUUAGGAAGGUUCCAAGCGAACUUUCGGACUUGACGGCUAAAGCUCGCCUGUCUUCUUUUUUUCUCAGCACGUACCCACCGAUUCUCCCUGACAUUUCAGAAUCAAGGGCUCAACCAAAUUUGUCUUCAGAGGAGAAUCAGUGUCAACCAAAAGAAUACAAACUGAAGUCCCACCCACGCUGGCGUUAGUCCCUAUCGCAAGGUUUUAUCCUCGAGCGAAUUAUUGCUCGGACACACGACAAGUAAAACUUAAACAGUUAUUUGUGUAAACCCGGCUAUGGAGUGGAAGUAACGGGGAAGGGCUGGAGAGCAGUUCCAUCUUAGCUUUUCGAAGGAAGGAGAAAGUCAUUCUGAACGCUGUAAGACUGUCUGUCAGCUUACCGCAUAUUUUUUAACGUUCAGGGAACGUUGCUACCUUAUCCCAACUGUUUCGCUUUGGUUGGACUUUCACCGAUUCGACUAGAAAUCUGUCGGUCCAACCUAUUGCUCUCUAAGGUCAAAAGUGUCAAACGCCGCAUGCCUGAUGCAAAAUGUCCAGAUCCUCGUUUAAAUGACAAUUUAACUGUCAGAUUGGUGAUGCUACACGUGCACUUCAGUGGAAGAUGAAGCUGGAAUCGAAUCGCUUGCAGAAAGGAUACAGACCUUGUAGAAUUUUAACACUCCAGGUUGUAUAUAUUCAUGUCAAAACGGGGACAAAAAGUCGUCAAACUGCCUACUUUUAACACUUCACUUUGCGUCCGGCAGUAAACAACACAUAUGUCAACGUAAUCAGGCCCCAGUGUGAUGCUAACCUAAUCGAUUGCCUGAUGCCUUAGUGCAACCCUCGAAUUCCGUCACUGACUGAAAAAAAGCCGUUAGCAGUAAAUUUUUAGCGCUUUGUGAUAUCCUAUACGAAAUAAAUAAAUGAACGAGGAGAAGAAUAUGUACUUUAUUCAGAUUUUUAAUUGUUCCAUGGACCGAAAGACAGGUUGCUUCUGUUGAUUCGUACAUCUCACCGUCGUGUGCACAGAUAAUUUGUUUUAAUUCCAAGUUAGCCAUACGCAGUGUAUUUAAAUGCGGUCGAUACUGUUAUAAAAACAUAGCUAAUGAGGAUGUUCAAAUAAAUUUUUCAUCCUUGACCUCAGGCCCCUGCUUCAUUUGGUUUCUCCCCACCAGUAACUCAGACGGAUAUGUAAGAGUUAAAAUCUUCAAUCCAAUUAUUUCAGUCAAUUUUCACAACAAAACACCCCUGAAAAAUCCAGAACUUGAGAAGGACAGGAUCCUUCCUCCAUUUAAUCCGGUGCCUCUUCUGUCGAAGCAAGCCUGGUCAGAGGUUACUCUGUUCUAUACAUAUAUUUUGGACCGGGCGAGAUAAACAAAAUAAUUCUCAAAAAUUAUCAGUCAUACUCGCGCCUCGCCUUAUACCUCUUGCUAAGCUACUAUUGCGAAAAACGAUGUGUCUCGCCAUUUUGAGAAGAAAACCGUCAGCAGGCUUGCAGUGCUAGAAAAAGCCGUCGGGUGGUUACCAGCGGCUUCGAACCCGUAAGACUGACCUUCUUUUACUGACGGGUAAUAGAAAUUUUCAUAAAAUAGGCUAUGACGGAAACAGCGAACUACAGGAAUCCCAGCACGGAUCUUGGUGACAGCAUACCCGUCUGUUGAGUUUUCUGGCCUCUACGGAAAUCUUGACUGAAACUUUGUAAAAUAGCUUCGACUUAAAUGCUGUGUAAAUGAAUUUCCGAAAAUCUUUGAUGGUACACUGCAUCAACAACUUUUGUGCAAAAUACUCACCCGGAAGGCUUCUAGACUGAAUAAGGGCAUUCCGGAUUAAACUAAAACAAUCUGGUUUUUUUCGUACUGGAACACUUCGUCUUGCUAGCAGCGGCAGGUGCGUUUUCACUGAGAUGAGUUCUCGGCCUCCUAUUCUUUAUUUUUUCAUGUUGAUACCAGUCUUCUUGUAGUAGACUGCUAUAAGAUCAUGUUUGUCUAUGGUUCUAAAUUAUGGAAAGUAAUCUGAAGUCGGUUCGACUAGGUAAUGUGUUUGUUUCGUCCUGUGCUCUAUGAACGUGAAAACGCAGGACUUUGUAAACUGCAGGCAGGUUCAGAUGCCUAUUGAUGGAGUUGGUGCUGGAGUAAAACGCCUCAAGUGAUAACCUUUAUGUUUUUGUGUUGCCCGGCCUAAGAUGGUAACUCCCUGGAGAUCGAAAGUAUGCCCAGUUUCUCCAACAUGCGUUGCCAGUUGAGAGUUUUGAUCUAGCUUCCGCGUCGCCGGUUUGCGCUCUUGUAGGCGGGUCUGCAAGUUCCACUCGGUUUCCCCACAUAUUUGCAGUUGGUCUCAUUGGAACUUAUCUGGUAGAUAACGCUUGAGGUCCUUAGGUUGCAUCAGACGGCGCCGUAUUAUCGCCCGGGCUCGAUGGGCUAUGCCUACUCGGGUGGGUUUUAACAGUCGAGAGACCGCUUCGGAGACCCCUUUAAUGUAGGGAAUGACCCCCAGACUUCGGGUUGCUGCUCAUUUGGCCGUCUUAUGUGCGCUCGACGCCUGCUUCUCCUGAUAAAAUUUCUGGGAUAACCAUUUGCUGCAAAGAGGUUCUGAAGCUACAGUCGUUCGGCCCUUUUACCUUGCGGCGUGCUGCAAUGUGUUUCGACUCUUUGGAAUAGAGUGCGGACACAGUUAUGCUUGUGAGACAGAGGAUGAUUGCUGUUGAAGUGGGGGAUUUGCCUCGUGUCGGUGGCUUUUCUGAAUACUGUAGUUUGCAGGUGUUCGGUUGUACACUGGCGCACAAGCACGCCAAGAAAGGGCAGUUGGUUGUUUGUUUCAGCUUCCAUCGUGAAUUGGAUAUCCGGGUCAACCGAGUUUAGUGGUCCCUUUAGGUGUUCAAUGUCAGUUGUUUUGACAAUAACAAAGGUGUCAUCGACAUAGCGACCCCUCUAGCAAAUUGUAUAUUCGUCUUUCACCCAAUUUAAAUGUCGAAACAAUUCUUCUUAAACAAUUUUAAAUAACGAGCUCACAGUGAUUUUCAACAGCAGUGCGUAUUACUCCAAAAUACAGUACAUGAUGACACAAUGGCACAAUCUUCAGCAGCCCGUGGGUCGGUGUCCGUCGGACUAAUGGUUUUUUUAUUACUAGACUCAAACCAACGUUUUCAUUUACGUUCUAUAAGGUCCAUUUUGCGUUUUGCAGACAUGCAUAUCCCCCAACACUUCUUCGAUUUCCCUUUCGAUAUUAUUUUCGAUCUGUUCAUGAUACAUUCGCUUAGUUUCAGUUUCUAAGGUGCAUUCUGCAAUCAAUCCACUAUUAGCUUCCAAAAUUUUAUAUUUUAUUUCCAGUUACGGACAUCAUUUCCCCUCUGAUUAUACAACCGUCACCCAUACAAACUUCAAAGUUAUUGCGCCUUAAACCAACAUUACCCUAUACUAUAGGACCCGAUAAUUUUUACAGAUGAUACUGUUGACUGCCAUGCGCAUUCAAGGUGCAUGAGUGGUAUUCUUUGAUUUUAUACAUAAGAGCUGAGAUUUAUCGUCGGUUACCUCGUAUUUUUUUCGAAUUGUCGCAAAAAAUGCUAAAAGUGCAACUCCUAAUCAGGCUGGCUCCAGACCAGUGCUGCGUGGAAAUCUAAAAAGCAAGCAAAAUUUUGCUUGCCUCGAAUAAUUUUGUUGGAAGCGCUUCUCGGUAUUAACGACUUCUGAGACGUUCUUCACGUACGGAAAAGCUCGCUAAAAUUUGGGGCCGACUGGAUUGCCGUUUCACUACAAUGCGUCUCAAUGCGCCGGCAUAGUGCCCUUACGCAACCGCGUUUCUGACUGAUCGGGUGGUUACUGUUGAAGUUACUGCUGGAGAUAAGAUAGUUGAAUUACAAUAUCUUCGACGAGUGCUGACAGCCACCCGCGCAACUUUGUCAAUCAGUGCGUACACAAACGAAACCAGAGACCAAAUCCAACCGGCCUUAAACUUUGACGAACCCUUCCGCACGUGAAGAACGUCUCAGAAGUUGUCAGCUGCCCUCUCGCUCCACUUGUAGCUGAGAGUGCACACGGGCCGGGAGCAACCACCAGGCGCCGAGUUGUGAGGCCAAAAGACCCACGGCCACGGCAGGGACCGCCUGGAGUCUUUUACCGGAUCUGGGGCAGUUGCGGACAGAGCAACUACGUCGGAAAAACGGAAAGAUUAUUCCAGACCCGGAUGGCUGAGCACGAAACAGUGGCGAGGAGGAAGGACGCCAGCUCUCGUGUGACGGCUCAUUCCACGAAACUCGGCCAUAUUUCCAUGUUUCAAGAAACCGAAAUUCUUGCAAGAGAUGGCAACCUCGUGAGCCCCGAGCUGCUCGAAUCAUGGUUCAUAGGACCGCAACCCAUCAACAAGCGCAAUGACCUCCUGUUACCAUAUUCGGUGCUGAGUCAUUCCCCGAGCAGUCACGUGGGGAGUGCGCGGGCGAGCAACAAUCCCAGUGACAGCGAGCCAAAUAGCCGAGUAAUCAUCAUGCCGACAUCCAACACGGAUGAUGAACUUGCGGCAAUUAAUGACUUGGACGCGGACUGACGAGCCAUCAUCGCCUCAAUUACGACCCCCGCGGUGAUCGCGGCAGCUGUCAAUUAUGGCACGCAUGUGGUGUCACAGAAGCUACGCGCUGUAAAUACUACAGUCUUAUACCUUUCCUACCCUUAUCUACGACUGUCUCUGAUUAUAAAUUCGAGUGAGAAUCCGAAACGUCAGGCUGAUAAACUUCUUGUUCCUCUGACCACAUCAUCAUCGUCAUCAUCAUCAUCAUCAUCAUCAUCUUCUUCUUCUUAUUCUUCUUCUUAUGAACUACUUCCUGGAAUUUGCCCGUUCGCUUCUGCCAACUUCUCAGUAUUCUUAGAGCCCUGCAAUAUAUAGGAAGUUAAAUAAAUGAUGACUAAGGGAGAUAAUUUGAGGUCAAAUAAGUUCACCGGGAUGGUGCCGGUGAAGUUACGACUUUGUCAGGUAUGUGACACAUUUGCUGACCUUAAAAUUAUAUAUGGAGUUUGGUCCACAAAAGUAUUGCCCUGGGGUUUCUAGGAAUAACGCUUUCUUCCGAAAAUAUAAGUUGACAGAUAAUCUAAUUUUGGAUAGUCUCGUGCGGCCAAAGACUACCGGAUCUUCGCGCACUCAUUUUUAUUGCAAAGAAACGUGUGUGGAAGUUAUUCUGCAUUAUGAAAUCUGAUUUUCUGUCUCUCGUAGACAAAGUAGGUCUAUGUGCAUUUUCGAUUUUUCCCUUUGGAUUUGCUGUGCACACGAACUUUUCUACACUCUUGCUUGAAUAUGGAAAAAUACACGCAACAAUUGAUUUCGACUUGCGACAACACGUGUUCUGAUUUCGCUGUCGUGUGAUAUCGAUGGUUCAUAAAUCACUUUUAUGUGCUUGAAUCCGUUGUGGUCAGAUGCGAUAAACAUUCGGAAAUUGCUUCUCAGUCCCACUUUGUCUGACGUGAACUCAGCCGGGCGACAAGCACUAUCCACAGGGCCCACCUCAGAACUUUUAGGAAUUACCCAAGGGGGACCUCAUUUUCUAUACCAAUCUCGUAUUGGGGAAUUUACUUUUCGUGAGUCUGUAGAACAAUCCAUCUUCACUGUCCUUCUCAUUUUUUUCCUCCGACAUUAUUUGCAAGUUAAACACAACAUUCUCUACUUAAAACCGGGUUUUUCCUGCAUGUAUUAUUGGUUUAAAGUUUUGAUAAUCGUAUACACUACAACGGAGAGUUAUCAGUAGUCUGCCUAGUCUAGCGAAAACCCAUUACCCUGACACUCUAAGUCGUCUGAUUUGAUUACAUACCUCUUCAAAUUGCGUUCUCAUAAUGAAUUCCACAGAAAUUCCACACUUUGAUACUUGAAACAACAUGGCCUAGGAGAAAACAAAGUAGAGGGUUCCAUUCAAGCAUCCUUGACAAAUACGUGACGGACUCAUGCUUAUGCCAGAAUGUGUCUGAACAUGCUGGAAGACACUUGAGAAAGUAUCAGAUACAUUAAGCAUCCAGCUUGUGCACCCUGAUGAUGACGGCUAUUUUUAUAAGCGAAGGGAUUGCUCCACUAGCUCAAUGCUCUUUCUGCGGUCCAGUGUAUGAUGCACAAACUGCCAAAUCGUCCUCCAUACGCAUACAUGAGUAGCAGGUGUGAGUAAAGCUCUGCCAAGCGGCCCACAUCGAUAACUGCCUCGACCUGCGGCUAAACCAGGAGAGGGUAUCCGUGUGUGCAUUUCCGUACAAGGUAACUGGGUUCCACUCCCACAAUCGCUGGCCGGAUGGAUCACCGCCUCAGAAUCUCCGAGGUGAGGCACCGUCUGCAACCCCGCAGGAGGGCACAAGCGCUCAUCAAACUCCUGACUUCGUGGAUGGACGCUUAGCCCCUUUCUACGCUUUCGCACCCAUCCUCAGUCCUUCUCCUCUGCCCCUCACAUUCGCGACUCCCUACUCUAUUCCACCCUCUUACACCACGGUCGAAAGCCCCACAGAUCAAAGCAUCGCCACCUCCAAGGUGAAACUCCGUCUGCAACACCGUUGUAGACGCCGAGGUAAGUUCCCCCAGGUAAGCCGAAUAUUGCUCUGUCUUUGCUUCUGCUUGUCCUUGUUUGCUUGCCCUUGUAUGCUCAUUUGUGCUUAUCCUUGUUGUAAGCUUGUAGUGGUCCUACUCCGAGCGUUUGCGGCAAUGCUGGUCCUCUCGCGAGUGUCUGCACGUGCGCACCAAGGCUGUCUGGCAUUCGCCCACUCGGCUCUCCAGCUGGCCAAUCGGAUUCGAGGCUGAGUCAGACGUGCUCUGGCUUAAGACGCUUUGUCACAUUCCCUGAUGCCCUUGGGGCUCCGCUUUCCUGGAGCCGCGGGCACUCUCCUCUGGCUAUCAACUCCUUUCCAUCCCUUCUCCGGUUGUUCUGUGCAGAAUAUACAAUCCUCUCGACUGGCGUCCAUCUUCUCUUUCCAUCCGAAAUCGAACCUGAAGGUCGUGGUGGCCAGGGUCUCGCUCUCGGCCCGGGCCUCUGCGACAUUGGCAGCGUCUGAGCAAUUUGAGUGUGUGCUCAGAGCACUACAACCGUCAGGACAAAUUCCAUGUUGGAGGAAAAUAUAGAAGGCACCAGAAUGGGGAGUUUAUUGUAUACGGGAACCUGAGUUGUUCUCUGAGGCCACAAUGGCCGUUGGGGAAGGCGGGGCUGGCGUUGACUGCGUCCAGUCACGUCUGAGUGUUCUAGAGAUAGUCGUAGCAGCCGUUUUGUAGGGCGUGCAUGACAAUGGGGCAAAUAAAACCAUCAAAUUUGUUGUUUCCCAAUAUCUGUGAAGUCUAAGACCUGCACUUUCUUCAGCUCGUACUGACUCCGUUGGUAGAACCCAAUCUGCUUUCGGCGUGCCAGGUAUAGCCGCCCCUAACUCGGUUGGUGGUUUCUUUGUCGCAGACUGACUCAGCGGUUUGAUUUUCAGCUUCAUUCUUAAAACGAGAAAGAAGAGUCCAGUCCAGCAGCCCGCAGAACGUAGCGUUGUUCUGUGCAGAAUAUACAGUCCUCUCAACUGGCGUCCAUCUUCUCUUCCCAUUCGAAAUCGAACCUGAAGGUCGUGAUGGCGUUAUUUGCAGCGUCUGAGCAAUUUGAGUGUGUGCUCAGAGCACUACAAGCGCCAGGACAAAUUCCAUGUUGGAGGAAAAUAUAGAAGGCACCAGAAUGGGGAGUAGAACUUUACUUUCACGCCAACACGAAUUGUUCUUGGGGGAAAAUUACGAUGACGACCGUGAAGGACUCAUAUCCUCACGUCGCGGGCCGUAUUCUUGUAGGAGGGGAGGUGACCCCCCCCGAUAUUGUUUUGAGAAAAAAAAGACCACAAAACCCUUUCUUGUUUCCUUUUGGCGGCCACGAUGAGAGAUAUUGUAUCGCGUACCGGACAAAUUAACUGAAUUAGACCUAGUAUCGAAUCCUGAAAAGAACAAGAAUGUCCGCCUUGUACUGAGCCAAUUAGCAGGCAGUCAGGUAUGCUCUUGUAAUGGCCCUACUCCGAGCGCAUGCCGCAACGCUGGGCCUCUCGUAAGUGUCUGUACGUGCGCGCCAGGGCAGGCUGACAUUCGCCCAUACGGCUAUCCAACUGGCUUAUCAGAUUGAAGGCCGAGUCAGGCGUGUUCUGGCUUAAGACUCUUUGACGCAUUUCCUCGCACACUUGGCACGCCGCUCUCCCAGCGCCAGACGUGCUCUCGUCCGGCUGCUAACUCUCUUGCAGUUAUUCUGUACACAAUAAACAGUUCGCCCAACUGGCGUUCAACUUCUGUUUCCAUAAAGGACAGGGUCUGAAGGCCGUGUUAGCCACCCGCGACCUAGCCUACGUGCGAUAAACUAAAUACCGUCCUGUUGCAUACCGUUCUGCUGCAUACCGUUCCGCUGAAUUUGCCUGCUCACCGUUUAUAUCUCAGCAACCAGUAAACUUAGAGAGGGUUGGGAAACUCUGCUUCCCGUCGCCCUACCCUACACCCAUCCUCCCUCCCCCCGCCCACUAAAAAGUCCUACUGCGAGAGCGAGAGAAAUCACGUAGGCGGCCCGGGCUAAUUCAGGUUGUUCUCCCACUAAACAAAGUCACGGCCCAUUGUGGAGUUCGGCAGCCGUCUGGAACAACUGGGUAGGCCUAUUUAGGGAGAGCACUGCUCACCCCUACGAGGGAAAAGGGCUACAAAAGGUGCCCAAAAUAAAUGUUGGGGACCUACGCCGGCUGACCGUGGCUCGCAGACGCAAAACACGCGGUCGAAACAACCAAACAAGAAACAACACAUUCUUCCCCCUUCUCCUCCCUGCCGCCAAACACGCUAGACCGGCAGGGUGAGUCCGCUUACUCUGGCAACCUGCAAUUUGCGUUUUCCUUUAGACUAUCCGCAGAACACCGGUUCAACCUGACGAACGCCUUCUGACUGCCGGAGCGAGGGAAGGUCACCUGGAUGCAUCUUCAGUAGCGCCAGCGGCACCUGCCGGCCUAUGUCCACGUUCGGAGUCGAGACCAGCGGGAGUUGAUGGUUACAAAGCCGAUUCCGGGAGCCGACAGGUGGACUGACCAUCAUCUCGUCAUCUCCCAAAUGCGGAUUUGCCUACAGACCCGAAGGAGACCUCAAGGUAAGCGACCCCCAAGUAAGCUAAAUAUUACUUUGUUGUCUUUGCCUGCACAUCAUCUCCACUUCAUCAAUGAACUAGCUCAACGGCUAGCCAAUCUUCCAGUGUCUGCUGCCGCCGCCGCUAACGAGAACGCCUCCGUGGAGAACCGGUGGUGUCGAUUGCGGGACACAGUCCAGUCGACGGCACUGGCCGUCCUCGGUCGCGCACGUCGCCAACACCAGGACUGGUUUCAUGACAGCGACGCCGCCAUCAGCAACCUGCUCACCGAGAAGAACCGCCUGCACAAAGCCUACGGAGAUCGCACCAUCGACGACAACAGAGCUGUUUUCUACCGUAGUCGCCGCCUUGCUCGACAGCGACUGCGCGAGUUACAGGACAACUGGACGGCUCGCAGGGCCAAGGAGGUCCAAGGGUACGCGGGCCGCAACGAAUAA